GAUAUUAUGGUUCGUCAUAAUAGCAAUAGCCGUUGGACUGUCCAUUUACUACAUACUGGAACUAUAUUACAAAUAUGAAGAGAACCCUUUCAUAGUAAAUCUGGCGACUAGAGAAUCUCCAAUAUACACCAUACCAUUUCCUGCUGUAACCAUUUGUCCGGUGAUCAAAACUCAGAGGUUUAUGUUCAACUUUACCAAGGCGGUGAAGAAGAUUUGGAACAACGAAUCCUUGACGGAGGACGAGUCAAUAAGAACUCAAUACUUGUCCUUACUUUGUGAUAAUAUCGAUACUUCCUAUAAGGAGCAUCUACUUCAAAAUGAAACAUUUACAGAAGACUUUUUCGAUCAGUUACAUGAGCUGAAACCUGAUACUGUAUUUUUUUUAUGUAAUUUCAUGGGAAAGGAUUUCAAUUGUGAAGACUUAUUUGUCCCAGUAAUAUUAGAUGAUGGGGUUUGUUAUACGUUCAACAUGCUAAACCGGGAAGAUAUCUUUAAGAAGGACGUUUUAGAUGACAUGAAAAUACGUGAGCUUGCUGGCCUAUUCAAAGGAGUAUACGAUAUUAAUCCAACUUGCAACUGCAUGCCUCUAUGCACGGAACUUUCCUAUGAUAUAGAAACUGGCAGAACAUUUUUCCCAUGGAAAGAGAAAUUGAAAAUAUUCCAACUCAACCAAACCUACGAAUUGAACACAUCACAUUACCAUUUCUCGAAGUUAUCAGUCUUCUUCAACAGAGAUCAGUUCCUGACUUCUCAAAGAAACGAGCUUUAUGGACCUUUUGAUUUUUUGGCAAACUUUGGCGGACUACUUGGCCUUUUUACGGGAUUCUCUCUCUUAUCAGCGGUGGAAAUUUUGUAUUACCUCUCUGUUCGAUUGUUUUGUAAUUUUCUUACAGACACUAAUUUUUCAAAAAACUAGAUUUGUA